GACCCGGAAGUGUUGUCUCGGCUGUGCUGUUUACCCCUGACCCACAAUCCCUUUCUCCUUCCUUUUCGACAUCGUCCCUAGGAGAAGAUGGCCCCAGCAAAGAAGGGUGGUGAGAAGAAGAAAGGCCGUUCUGCCAUCAAUGAGGUGGUAACCAGGGAAUACACCAUUAAUAUUCACAAGAGAAUCCAUGGAAUUGGUUUCAAGAAACGUGCACCAAGGGCUCUGAAGGAGAUACGCAAAUUUGCUGUGAAGGAGAUGCGUACUCCUGAUGUGCGUAUUGACACAAGGCUAAACAAAGCUGUCUGGGCCAAAGGCAUUAGAAAUGUUCCAUAUCGUAUCCGUGUGCGUUUGUCCCGAAAACGUAACGAGGAUGAAGAUUCUCCUAACAAGCUAUACACAUUGGUCACAUAUGUGCCAGUCACAACUUACAAAGGAUUACAGACCGUCAAUGUGGAUGAAAACUAAAUUGCUUUUUGCUGUUAUAAUAAAAUCUUAAAACAGA